AUGAUUGUGGACUUCAGGAAGAGCACUGUCCCCCCGCCCCCACCCUCCGUGAUGGACUCCCCCAUCACCUCUGUGGAGUCCUUCCGUUUCCUGGGCACCACCAUCACCCAGGACCUCAAGUGGGAGCCGACCAUCAGCUCCCUCAUCAAGAAGGCCCAGCAGAGGAUGUACUUCCUGCGGCAGCUCAGGAAAGCCAAGCUGCCUGCACAGAUGUUGGUGCAGUUCUACACGGCCAUCAUCGAGUCCAUCCUCACCUCCUCCAUCACCGUGUGGUUCGCUGGAGCCACAGUCAGGGACAAACAGAGACUACAGCGCAUUGUGCGCUCUGCAGAGGAAGUGAUCGGCCGCAGCCUUCCAUCGCUGCAGGACCUGGGUUUCAUCUUCUUUUGUGACGGGGGAUACCCAGAGAUCCCUGCGGACUCUGUGCUGCACGUGUGGAAGGGCGUCCCGGCUCGGUACCAGGUGGAGGUGGCCCGGAUCACGGCCGCGGGUCUGAGGGUGAUCCUGGCCGCUCCCUGGUACAUCAACCACGUCAGCUACGGCCAGGACUGGAGAACUUACUACGGCGUGCAGCCUCUUAACUUCUCCGGUUCAGAGCAGCAGAAGAAGCUGGUGAUUGGUGGAGAGGUUUGCAUGUGGGGGGAGUAUGUGGACGCCACGAACCUCGAGCCUCGACUUUGGCCCAGGGCGAGUGCGGCUGCAGAGCGGCUGUGGAGCGAUGAGGCUCAGACCUCCAGUGUGGACCGGGCCUUCCCUCGCCUCCAGAGGUUCCGCUGCGAGCUUCUGCGCCGCGGGGUCCAAGCCGAGCCGCUGUUUGUGGAGGCUGUGACCCGGGCAUCUGACCCAGAGGCUGUGACCCGGGCAUCUGACCCAGAGGCUGUGACCAGGGCAUCUGACCCAGAGGCUGUGACCAGGGCAUCUGACCCAGAGGCUGUGACCCGGGCAUCUGACCCAGAGGCUGUGACCCGGGCAUCUGACCCAGAGGCUGUGACCCGGGCAUCUGAACCUGCUGCUUUUACACUGCUUUUCUACCGGACGCUCCACUCGGCCCCACACCUCACUCCUCACACACGGGUCCACCUCGCACCAGGAGACCACCGGACUCAGGCCACAAUGGGAGACCAGGACCAUCACGUGCUGAGAGGACUGAGCCGAGACCUGAGCCGAGACCUGAGCCCAGGCCAGACUCAGACUGGUGCUGUGUUCUCGAAGGCCUCCGGACUCCUGUGCAGCGUCUGCUCCGACAGCAGCAGUGGGAAACAUUACGGAAUCUACGCCUGCAACGGCUGCAGCGGCUUCUUCAAACGCAGCGUCCGCAGAAAACUCAUCUACAGGUGUCGUGUAGGGACUGGGCGGUGCCUGGUGGACAAAGCUCAUCGGAACCAGUGCCAGGCGUGUCGUCUGAGGAAGUGUCUCCAGGCUGGAAUGAACAAAGAUGCUGUUCAAAACGUACGUCAUCCUCGUAGUUUGGCUCGAGUCGCCGUGGAAACCAAAGAGGAGCAAAUAACCCCCCGUUCCUUCGUCACCUGUCACCCACGGGCGUCACCCAGCACCCACCGAGACCAGCCAGCACCCUGCCCCCACCACCACCAGAGCCACCGCUUCAUGGCCAGUCUGCUGACGGCCGAGACCUGCGCCAAGAUGGAGGACGAGGACGUGGAGGAGAACGUGGAUGUGACCAGGUGUGACCCAGACCGUGGCCCCUCGGUGUCCCCGGUGCUGGUCCCGGAGAGUCUGGACGAGGCCUCUGCUCGGCUGCUCUUCCUGUCGGUGAAAUGGGCCAAACACCUCCCUGUGUUCUCCCUGUUGCCCUUCAGAGACCAGGUGAUUCUGCUGGAGGAGGUGUGGAGCCGCAUGUUCCUCCUGUGUGCAGUGCAGUGCAAUUCUUCUCUGAGCAAAAGCCGGCGUCCGUCCACCGACCUGCGAGUUCUGGAGGAGACGUUCCACCGCUUCAGGGCUCUGGCCGUGGACCCCACCGAGUUCGCCUGUCUCAAAGCCAUCGUGCUCUUCAAACCAGACACUCUCAGUCUCAAAGAUCCAGAACAAGUGGAGAGUCUGCAGGAUCAGUCCCUGGUUCUCUUGGCUCAGCACAUCCAGGCUGUGUAUCCGGACCAGAGCGGCAGGUUUGGGAAACUGCUUCUUCUUCUCCCGUCUCUUCACUUCGUCAGUUCGCAGCAGAUUGAGCAGCUGUACUUCUCCAGGACCAUCGGGAACACGCCCAUGGAGAAACUACUGUGCGACAUGUUCAAAAACUAA